UAUUUCCACAAUACAUGUUUUCUUGAAAAUUAUAAAAUUAAACACAAUUUGUGUAAUCUAAACAAUAUCUGAGUGUUUUCCAUAUUUGUGCACGAAUUGUAUAAAUCAUAUUCAUUUGAAUUUUUUCCUUAAAUUAGUACAGAGAAGAGCAUUUGAUAAAUUUGUGUAACAAACAUGGCGUUGGCCGAGGGACCUUGCUAUACAAUCAUCAACUCGCCGGACAUCGAAGUACCGAACGAGAUGCAAUUGAAACAAGACCUCGAAAAGGGAGAUACCAAUAUGAAAAUCGAGACAUUGAAAAAGGUUAUACAAAUGUUGUUGAACGGGGAACGUUUAUCUGGUCUGAUAAUGACUAUCAUCAGAUUCGUGCUUCCGGUACAGAAUCAUCAAAUCAAAAAACUAUUACUCAUCUUCUGGGAGAUAGUGCCGAAAACCUCAGCAGAUGGCAAACUUUUGCAAGAAAUGAUAUUGGUGUGUGAUGCCUAUCGCAAGGACUUGCAACAUCCCAAUGAAUUUCUACGUGGCUCAACUCUACGUUUCCUUUGUAAACUAAAAGAGCCAGAGCUUUUGGAGCCACUCAUGCCAGCCAUACGUGCUUGUCUUGAACAUCGUCAUUCUUAUGUGCGACGAAAUGCAGUUUUGGCCAUUUUUACCAUAUACAAAAACUUUGAUUGGUUAGUGCCAGACGGUCCAGAGUUGAUUGCUAAUUUCUUGGAAACUCAACAAGAUAUGUCUUGCAAACGAAAUGCUUUUUUGAUGCUCUUGCAUGCUGAUCAAGAACGUGCACUCAACUAUCUGGCAUCUUGCAUUGACCAAGUAAACAACUUUGGUGAUAUUCUACAAUUGGUAAUUGUUGAGCUCAUCUAUAAAGUCUGUCACGCCAAUCCAGCAGAACGUUCACGUUUUAUACGUUGCAUUUACAACUUGCUUAAUUCAUCAUCAAAUGCUGUGCGUUAUGAAGCGGCUGGCACACUCAUUACACUAUCCUCCGCACCAACCGCUAUUCGUGCCGCAGCCAGUUGUUAUAUUGAGUUGAUUGUCGGUGAUAGCGAUAACAAUGUCAAACUUAUUGUGUUGGAUCGUUUAAUUGCUAUGAAAGAAAAUGAAAAUAUGGAGAAAGUGAUGCAAGAUUUAGUAAUGGAUAUACUACGUGUAUUGGCAGCACCAGAUAUUGAAGUGCGUCGCAAGACAUUGGCACUAGCUAUGGAUUUAGUCUCAUCACGCAAUAUUGAGGAAAUGGUGCUGGUGCUAAAGAAAGAAGUUUCUAAAACCCAUAAUGUUGAACAUGAAGAUACUGGCAAAUAUCGCCAAUUGCUUGUACGCACAUUACACUCGUGCUCCAUUAAAUUCCCUGAUGUAGCCGCAAAUGUAAUACCCGUGUUAGUGGAAUUCCUUUCCGAUACAAAUGAAUUCGCUGCAGCUGAUGUGUUGAUUUUCAUACGUGAGGCUAUACAGAAAUUCCCCUCACUACGUGCACUUAUUAUCGAGCGUUUAAUUGAAGCAUUCCCACAAAUAAAGUCGUCGAAAAUACAUCGUGCCGCAGUCUGGAUUUUAGGUGAAUAUGUAGACAACAAAGAGCAGAUACUCGAAGUAACCGAAACCAUAAUACAGACCUUGGGAGAGAUACCGAUGGUUGAAGCGGAGCAAAAACGUUUAGCGGGUGAGCAAACCGACGAGGGACAGAAAGCCACUGAGACCAAUACGGCUUCUGCUGGCAAUAAAGUCACCUCGGAUGGUACAUAUGCCACCCAAAGUGCUUUCAGCUUGGCGCCUGUCGCAAAGAAGGAGAAAAGACCACCACUACGCCAAUAUUUAAUGGAUGGCGAUUUCUUUAUUGGAGCUGCACUCUCAGCCACUCUAACUAAACUAGCACUACGAUAUGCUGAGUUGGAAGAUGAUGUGCGUCAACAAAAUCGUUUGACUACACAAGUCAUGCUCAUUAUGAGUUCCAUAUUGCAUCUGGGAAAAUCCGGUUUCCCUACCAAACCCAUCACUAAUGAUGACAUAGAUCGUAUUUUCAUUUGUUUGCGCACACUGAGUGAACGCACCAAAGAGGCCGUCGAAGUAUUCCAACAUUAUUGCCGUGACGCACUUGGCAAAAUGUUGGAUGCCCAACAUGAAGAGGAUCAACGCAUUUUGAAAGAGAAACAACGUGCUGCUGCUAAGGUACAGCCUGACGAUCCCGUUGGAUUUGCACAACUCUCUAAUGGGCGUGACAAUCAAUUGGGCGAGAACGUGUUCGAAACUAGUUUGAAUCAAGCGUUGGCCGGCACAAAAUCAACCAAUUUGAGUGACAUUACUUCGCCAAAUAACAAACUCAAUAAGGUAACACAAUUGACCGGUUUCUCUGAUCCAGUCUACGCUGAGGCUUAUGUAAAUGUCAACCAAUACGACAUCGUCCUGGAUGUAUUGAUUGUUAAUCAAACAAACGAUACUCUACAAAACUGUACACUCGAGUUGGCAACUUUGGGUGAUUUGAAAUUGGUUGAACGACCACAUCCAGUUGUAUUGGCGCCCCACGAUUUCUGCAACAUCAAGGCAAAUGUGAAAGUGUCGUCCACUGAGAAUGGCAUAAUUUUCGGAAAUAUCGUUUACGACACGAGCAUCAAUACCAAUGUUGUUGUUCUGAACACCAUACACAUUGACAUUAUGGAUUAUAUAAUACCCGCUUCGUGCACUGACACUGAGUUUAGACAGAUGUGGCAAGAUUUCGAGUGGGAAAAUAAGGUAACGGUUAACACCACAUUCACCGAUUUGCACGAAUAUUUAAAGCAUUUGUUGAAGAGCACCAACAUGAAAUGUUUGACUCCGGAGAAGGCACUCAGCGGCCAAUGUGGAUUUAUGGCUGCAAAUAUGUAUGCGAAAUCAAUCUUUGGUGAAAACGCCCUUGCUAAUUUAAGCAUCGAAAAACCUGUGGACGAUCCCGACUCCAAAGUCACCGGCCACAUACGCAUACGCGCUAAAAGCCAGGGCAUGGCACUAAGCUUAGGUGAUAAGAUCAGUUCGUCACAGAAACAGUCAGUGCAGGCCGCUUAAAUGCUGACAGAUAUGGAAAAUUGUUCUAAUUUAAGUUUGAGCCCUUAGUGUAUUAAUUAUAUCCGUUUACGAAAUUCAUCAUUUCAAUCUUAGUGCAUUACUGUAUGGGUGAAAACUCUUUUUCUUAUUGUUUAAUUAUAUUUGAUUUAUUUGUGUUGCCCGAAAUUGCGAAAAUUCGCACACAAAGUACUUUAUACGUUAACAUGUAUGUAAAACCAUUUAUUUGUUAGUAUAUCAUUGCUAUAAAGAUUUUUGAAAAGCUUAUAAUUCCAGCUAUUAAAUAGAAUAAAAAGCAACGCUUUAUUUUAUGUACGAGAAAUAUAAUAUUUAAAUAUAUACUACAUACACCAUACACCGAUUAAAAAUAUAUGUAUGAAAUUAAAAUUUAGAAAAGAAAUAA